AUCUCACUCUCAGUCUGUCUUCCUCUCUCUGCGAGCUUUGCUCUAUUUAAAGCUGGUAAUACAGUCGCUCCCUUCCUCCAUUAAUCAUCCAAAAGAGAAGCUCUUUGAUCUCAUCUCUUUGAAGUUACAGCCUCUUUUGUUGCCAUUCCCCAUGGCCUUCAAAGCCGUGCUCUUCUUGUUGGCCACUUUCCUCCUGAUAACCACAAGGGUUUCAUCCAGUGAUGAGGAUCCCAGGAUGAAGGCUCCGACUCCACCGUAUGCCAAAGUCCCAGUGCCAGCUCCUGCUCAGGCCAAGGUGCCAGCCAAACCACCAACCCCAUCUCCUCCAACGAAGGCGACACCACCACCAGCGAAGCCUCCCACAUACGCACCGCUGCCUCCAGUGAAGUCCACAGCAGAUUGCGUCCCGCUCUGCGACCAGAGGUGCAAGCUCCACUCCAGGAAGAGGCUGUGCAUGCGGGCGUGCAUGACGUGCUGCUACCGGUGCAAGUGCGUGCCUCCGGGGACGUACGGGAACCAAGAGAUGUGCGGCAAGUGCUACACCGGCAUGACCACCCACGGCAACAGAGUCAAGUGCCCGUGAGGUGCUCGAUACUUUUCCUCAGCCAACAUCACGACUCGUAAUAAAGUUUCGGAAACAGGGGUGGGACAAACCAAUGGUUUUCCCGCUUGAGAAAUAUUGCUCAACUUUUGCUGAUGCCUAAGAGGCUUUGCCCGUGUCAAUCUGUAAUCUGGUUUCGUUCACGUUCUAUAUAAUUCACCAAAUCUUUCGUCUC